UUGUUCUUUAUUUUCAUGUGAUCACAUGGGAAACAUAUUCAAGUUUUAUGCUUGAAUAGAUUGUCCGUCCUAUUAUAGGGAGAGUUUGGCACGCGAUAAGUUGUGUAUUUACUAUUUGUAUGCAAUCUGGAUAAUUUACGUUGGCUAUUUUCAGUUGUGUAUGAUCUACAUAUAUAUAGAAUAUAGUUAUAUUUCAUACGCAUAAACGUAAAAGCGUAGCUUCUCAUUUUCGGAAUCGGAAUCGGAGUCGGAUCGGGUCAUGUCCCAUUUCAAACAGGAGUUCGGUUUAAAUAACUGAAAAUCAAGAAUCCUGUGAACCCCAGUGAUCUCCCAAAUGUCCAUUCCCUGCCAAUCCUUUUCUUCUUUACUUCCUGCUAUCAUCUCUUCUCGUACUCCGCCCGCCCAAUUUCACUUCCGUAUAUACAAUAAAAAGACCCGCCCGACUGUUUUUUCGACCCAACUCCGACAUGGUUUUCCCCUCAUCACUAAACGCAGAACAAGAACCCACCAUUGUUACUGCUCAAAUUCAACAAUGCCACUUAAGGACCCCGCUUCGUCACCCCCUCAGGAUAGCCUAUCCUACUCUCGAGCGUACUGGGUCUCUACUUCAAUAAUUGCUUGGAAUGUGGAUGCCGUUGGUGGUUCCUGUUUUUUAUACUCCAGUAGAUCUGCAGCUCUAUCUGUUACAGAUAAUGGAAUUGAAGGCUCCGAUUUCAGUAUUAAGCUCGAAAGGCAUGAUCAGAGGCUUCCAGAAAAUGUGAGAGAUAAGUUUCCUCAUAUACAAGAUUAUAACGCUUUUAAGGUUCCUAUCAGUUUGGAUCCCAAAAGCAUUCUUAAAGACCAACUGGCUGUUGCUUUCUUUGACUCAAGUGGACAAUGCAUCAGUGUUACUGGUUUACAGCUACCUGGUGUUCUUGAUGACAUUUUCUCUUAUUUGGGUCCUCUUGGUGCUAUUUUUUUAAACGAAGUUGUCUCACUUCAUCUUUGGGCUCCAACUGCUCAAGAUGUACGUGCAUUUAUUUAUAAUGGACCCUCAGGCGGAGAAUCACUUGAGAUUGUCAAUCUUAAGGAAUCCAAUGGUGUUUGGAGUGUAAAUGGUCCAAGAAGUUGGGAGGGGUGUUAUUAUGUCUAUGAAGUAUCUGUCUACCAUCCGAGCACCUUGAAGAUAGAAAAGUGUAUUGCAAAUGACCCUUAUGCCAGAGGGCUUUCAGGUGAUGGGAAGCGGACUUUUUUAGUCAAUCUUGAUUCUGAUGCUUUAAAACCUCAGAAAUGGGAUGAUUUAGCAGACAAGAAACCUAAUAUUGUAGAUUUUUCUGACAUUAGUAUCUAUGAGCUGCAUGUUAGAGAUUUUAGUGCUAAUGACCCUACGGUGGAUCCUGAAGCUCGAGGAGGUUAUCUUGCCUUCUCUUCUCAGGACUCGGCUGGUGUACUUCAUUUGAAAAAAUUAUCAGAUGCUGGCCUCACACAUAUUCAUCUACUUCCAACUUUUCACUUUGGAGAUGUUGAUGAUGAGAAGGAAAAAUGGAAGUCUGUAGAUAUGGAGAUGCUCAAAUCUCUGCCACCAGAUUCACCUGAGCAACAGGAGUACAUCACAGCCAUCCAAAAUGAGGAUGGAUACAACUGGGGUUAUAAUCCUGUGCUGUGGGGAGUCCCUAAAGGAAGCUAUGCAACUAACCCCAAUGGUUCAUGUCGUAUAAUAGAGUUUCGGAAGAUGGUUCAGGCACUUAAUUUUAUAGGUCUUCGUGUUGUGUUGGAUGUUGUUUACAAUCACUUACAUGGAAAUGGUCCUGUAGGUGACAACUCUGUGCUUGACAAGAUUGUUCCAGGUUAUUACUUGAGAAGAAAUGCAGAUGGUUUCAUUGAGAACAGCACAUGUAUGAAUAACACUGCUAGUGAGCAUUUUAUGGUUGAUCGUUUAAUCAUUGAUGAUCUCUUAAACUGGGCAGUUAAUUAUAAGAUUGAUGGGUUCAGGUUUGAUCUUAUGGGUCAUAUGAUGAAGAGCACAAUGACGAGGGCUAAAAGUGUGCUUAAAAAUUUGUCAAGGGAAAAUGGUGGAGUAGAUGGUCCUAGAAUCUUCAUAUAUGGUGAAGGUUGGGAUUUUGGUGAAGUGGCGAAUAAUGGUAGAGGAGUAAAUGCAUCACAAUUUAAUCUAGCAGGAACUGGAAUUGGGAGCUUUAAUGAUCGAAUUCGAGAUGCAUUACUUGGUGGAUCUCCAUUUGGGCAUCCUCUUCAACAAGGGUUCCUCACAGGAUUAUCUUUACAACCAAAUGGUCUUGACCAUGGUACCGAGUCUAAUGCAGCACGCGCACUUGAUGUAUCAAAGGAUCACAUUCAGAUUGGAAUGGCUGCAAACUUGAAGGAGUUUGUGCUAACAAACUGUGAUGGCCAAGAGGUUAAAGGAUCUGAAAUUUUAACUUAUGGUGGAGAUCCUGUUGCAUACACUUUACAACCAGUGGAAACAAUCAACUAUGUGUCUGCUCAUGACAAUGAGACCCUGUUUGAUAUUAUUAGUUUGAAGGCACCAAUGGAAAUUUCCAUUGAUGAGAGGUGCAGGAUAAACCAUUUAGCAACAAGCAUAAUAGCACUUUCGCAGGGUGUUCCAUUUUUCCAUUGUGGAGAUGAGAUCCUGCGUUCCAAGUCUUUGGAUCGUGAUUCUUACAAUUCUGGUGACUGGUUCAACAGGUUAGAUUUUAGCUACAACUCAAAUAAUUGGGGUGUUGGCCUUCCUCCCAAAGAGAAGAAUGAGAAAAGCUGGCCAAUAAUUAAACCAAGAUUGGCUUCCCCAUCAUUCAAGCCUCAUAAAAACCACAUAUUAUCUGCUCUUGAAAAUUUCCAAAAUUUGUUACGUAUCAGAUACUCUUCAAUUCUCUUUCGUUUGAGGACUGCAAAUGCUAUCCAGGAAAGAGUACGAUUCCACAACACGGGUGGAUCUCAGGUCCCUGGUGUCAUAGUCAUGACCAUUGAAGAUGGCCAUGAAGGAGUUCCAGGGUUGACUCAACUUGACCCAGAAUAUGCAUACAUUGUGGUUGUUAUCAAUGCUUGCCCAACUGAAAUCUCAUUCACAAGCCCUGUGUUUCGAGGGAAACUUCUCCAAUUGCAUUCUGUGCAGAUGAUGUCAACUGACAAUUUAGUGAAGAACUCAAAUUAUGAUCCAUCUGCAGGAUGCUUCAGGGUUCCUUCAAGGACAACUGCUGUGUUUGUUGAGCCUCGGAACAUUCAAGAGUAGGAGUUGACUUUUAAGUGAUUCAUGAGGAGGUGCAUAGUCAAAGAUGUAGAGCACAAGUGAGAAAUGCAGGCCAAGAUAAAUAAGGAUCUGUGAUUGUUUUGUUAGAGUUUUAUGAUAAUACUAUUUAAUGUUGUGAAAGUCAGCUCCUACAUAUAGUUGUGUGCAUUGCUGAUCACUUGUUUGGAGUGACAACUUGUAUUUUAGUAAUAAUGUCCAUAUGUUCUAACAGCUUAUAUAUAUAAUAUAUAAUAAUGACA